AUGGGAAUCCAUGGUUUAUUACCGCUACUCAAAUCCAUAAUGCUCCCAAUUCACAUCAAAGACCUUCACGGCUGCUCUGUCGCCAUCGACACCUACUCUUGGCUCCACAAAGGCGCCCUUUCUUGCAGCACUGACCUCUGCAAAGGAAUACCCACUUCUAGGCAUAUUGAGUAUUGUAUGCAUAGAGUGAAUUUGCUGCGCCAUUAUGGUGUUAAGCCUAUUCUUGUAUUUGAUGGAGGUUUUCUACCAAUGAAGGUUGAACAAGAGAACAAGCGUGCUAGGGCUAGAAAGGAUAAUUUUGAACGUGCAGUUGAACACGAUUCAAAUGGAAAUUCUACAGCUGCUUAUGAGUGCUACCAGAAAGCUGUUGACAUUUCUCCUCUGAUUGCGCGAGAACUAAUUCAGGUAUUGAAGCAGGAGAAUGUCCAGUAUAUUGUUGCUCCUUAUGAGGCAGAUGCCCAAAUGACAUUCUUGGCAAUUAGCAAACAGGUUGACGCAGUUAUAACUGAAGAUUCGGAUCUUAUACCGUUUGGUUGUCCAAGAAUUAUCUUUAAAAUGGACAAGUUUGGUCAAGGUGUCCAGUUUCAGUAUUCAAUGCUUCAAAAGAAUAAGGAGCUUAGUUUUGAAGGGUUUAACAGACAAAUGCUUCUUGAGAUGUGUAUUUUGAGUGGCUGCGAUUAUCUUCCGUCCUUGCCAGGUAUGGGUCUCAAAAAGGCCCAUGCAAGCAUUAAAAAGUUUAAAAGUUACGACAAGGUUCUUAAGCACUUGAGAUACAGUGGUAUUUCUAUACCUCCCAAUUAUGAAGAACUUUUUAGGCCCAUAUCCUUUCAAGAUAUAGCACAGGGAAUAGCUGAAGGGGAUCUUGAUCCAAUUACCAAAACGCCAUUUGAGGGAGAUAAAUUUGUUGCCAGAUUAGAAAUUGUAGGAACUUCUCAAUUCAAAACUCUUAACCCUGAAAGGGUGAAGAAAAAGAUUGAUCUUCCCGUGCAGAAGAAUCUCUUGACCAAGUAUUUUUCCAUGGAAGGUUUUGCAUCUCUUGAAGCAAAAAGGGAAUUCAGAGCACCACGGACAUCACCUACUACUACUAACCAAAGUACACUGAUUUCUUCUUCUGUCAAUUCCCUGGAACAUCAGACUUUAGAAGCUGCUGCUAGAGAAACUAUGAACUCCGGUGCAUCGUCAGUUGACUCUGAGAAUUUAGGCAGCGGCUCUUCUCCUAAUUGCUAUAUUGAAAACAGUUUUUCCUCCAAAACUUCAGACCUUAUAAAAUCACCAUAUCAUGCAUCUAUGGCAGGAGAGAAGAAGGCAAGUCCCGAUCAUACAAUAUUGAGACAGCCCAGGAAGCCAAUUCAUAAACCUUGUCUGGGGUCGCAUAAGGAGCAAGAGCUCACGAAUCUCCAAGACAAAGUUGAAGGAAACACCAAGGAGGUAAGAAGAAAGGUAAUUGUAAGGAGUCCUUACUUUCAGCAGAAGCAAAUAGAAAAGAAUGCUUGUGAUGAGAAACAAGAGCAGCUGUCCUCUGGCAUCUUCAUUGACGAGAGAAAAAAUGGCAUAUCUGGAGGUGAUUUAUGUAACAGCCAUUUGAAGAACAACGACUUGAAAAGGAAGGGCUCCCCUAAUGACAAUACUCAAAAUGAAAACUUACAGGCCAGGCAAAUGCAUCCUACUUCAUCUACUUGUGAUAAUGGUUGCUCUGAUCACAAUGUUGAUGCGCCAUUGAAAGAUGAUAGUGCUGAAGAAAAAUUUGGGACAAACAUUUCCCAUUUAGGUCAUUAUUCAAAAAUAGCCGAGAAGUCUUUGGAAAGAUUUGCUUCUGUAAUAUCAGCUUUUAAAUAUACACCCGGCUCUCGUGUCAGUGGUCUACGCGCUCCACUGAAAGAUGUUCGGAACUCUCAUAACAACAAUAGGCCAACAUCUGCGGACUUGAACAAAUAUGCGUAUGUGCCAAAACCAACAAAGACUAGAAGAGUAGCUCCUGAUAUUCGUAAAACUCGUAAUACUAGGCCAGCGGCUGCGGACUUGAGCCAAUUUGCUUAUGUGCCAAAACAGAGACUAGAAGAAUAG